AUGGGGCUGGAGUCGCGGUGGGGAAAGCGGGUAGGGCCCCAGUUCCCCGCGGGGCACCGUGCGACCGGCCUCUCCCCGCAGUCGGAGGACCAGGAGGAGACCCAGGAUGCGGUGCGCGCUUGCAGCCGCCUUUUCGGGGCCUUGCUGGAGCGGGGUGAGCUGUUUGUGGGCCAACUGCCCCCGGAGGACACCGUCAUGGCAGGGUCCCAGGGGGCCACACGGAAGUACAAGGUGUGGAUGAGGCACCGUUACCAGAGCUGCUGCAACCGCCUGGCGGAGCUCCUGACCCACCCUUCGUUUCAGGUUAAGGAGCUGGCCCUUAGUACACUCAUGAAGUUUGUGCAGCUGGAAGGAGCGUACCCCCUGGAGAAACCCAAGUGGGAGGGCAACUACCUGUUCCCCCGCCAGCUCUUCAAGGUGGUGGUGGAAGCCCUGCUUUCCCUGGAAGAGGACUGCUCACUGCUGCUCUCCCAGUUCCGGGAGUAUCUGGAUUACGACGACAUCCGCUACCACACAAUGCAGGCGGCCGCAGACACUGUGGCUCGGGUCACCAACGGGCACCCAGAGGUGCCCCUCACUUUUUGGAACAACACCUUCACACUGAUGUCUGGCGUGAGCCUGCCCCGCCAAGAGAGCGACAUCUCUAACUUCUAUGUGAAGCGCACAGAGUUGUCAGAUAAGUGGAAAGUCACUCAUCUGAAGGAGCACAGGAGGACCUUCCAGCUGAUGUGGCUUGGCUUCCUCAAGCACAAGCUGCCCCUCAGCCUCUGCAAGAAGGUGCUGGUGAUCAUGCACGACUCCAUUCUGCCUCACCUGGCCCAGCCCAGCCUCAUGAUCGACUUCCUCACCCGCGCCUAUGACAUUGGGGGUGCCGUCAGCCUCCUGGCCUUGAAUGGACUUUUUAUCCUGAUUCACAAGCACAACCUGGAGUAUCCCGACUUCUACCAGAAGCUCUACAGUCUCCUGGACCCGUCCGUCUUCCACGUCAAGUACCGGGCUCGCUUCUUCCAUCUGGCCGACCUCUUCCUCUCUUCCUCCCAUCUGCCCGCCUACCUCGUGGCUGCCUUCGCCAAACGCCUCUCCCGCCUGGCCCUGACCGCGCCCCCCGAGGCCCUGCUCAUGGUUCUGCCCUUCAUCUGCAACCUGCUGCGCAGACACCCAGCUUGCCGUGUCCUCGUGCACCGGCCACGGGGCUCUGAGAUGGAUGCUGAUCCCUAUGACCCCGACCAGGAGGACCCAGCCAAGAGCCGAGCCCUGGAGAGCUCCCUGUGGGAGCUGCAGGCCCUGCAGCGGCAUUACCACCCUGAGGUGUCCAAGGCCGCCAGCGUCAUCAACCAGGUGCUGUCUGUGCCCGAGGUCAGCAUCGCUCCCCUCCUGGAGCUCACUGCCUUCGAGAUCUUCGAGCGGGACCUGAAGAAAGGGUCCGAGGCGGUGCCGCUGGAAUUCAUCCCGGCCCAGGGCCUGCUGGGCCGACAGGACGACCUUUGUGCCCAGCACUUCACACUCAGCUAACCUUG